AUGAUUACCCUCAACGACGUUGAUAACCACGAAAAUACUAGUACUGAAGAAACUAAUAGUACAACCGCCACCACUGAAGAACCAAAGCAACAACAAUUUUCUACUUCAUCGGAACCUAUUUUCCAUACUAUUGGCUUGAAUGAUUCUGCUCCUUUGGAAUUGGAAAGCUUUUGUGUAAAUUGUGAGAAGAAUGGUGUUACUAGAAUGUUGUUCACUAAAAUUCCUCACUUUAGAGAAGUUAUUAUUACUAGUUUCAGCUGCCCACAUUGUGGAAUGAGAAAUCAAGAAAUUCAAUUUGGUGGUUCUUAUGGUGAUUUUGGUGUUUGUUACACUUUAAAGGUUGAAAAGAAGGAAGAUUUGGAUAGACAAAUUGUCAAGUCUGACUUUGCUACUUUGAGUAUUCCAGAAAUUGAUUUUGAAAUUCCAGAAAAUACUCAAAAGGGUACACUUACAACUGUUGAGGGUGUUAUUAAUAGAGCAAUUGAUAAUUUAUUGGAUGGACAAGCAGCUAGAAGAGUUUUGGACCCUUCUCUUGCUUCUGCUAUUGAUAACUUUAUUGAAAAGGCACAAAAAUUAAUUAGUGGAGAAGGAUUCCCAUUCACUAUUGUUAUUGAUGAUUAUUCUGGAAAUUCAAAUGUUGAAAAAUUAACAGUACCAAAUGAUCCUCAAGUUUUCACUAGAUAUUAUCAAAGAUCUGAUGAACAAACUGAAAGACUUGGUCUCUCACUAGGUGCUCAAAAUUACACUGAAGGAGGUCAAGAAAAACCAAAGAGUAGACUUGCUGCUAAUAUUCCAACAUCAAUUAUUUCUAACGAGAGAGAAAUUGAAUUAUUGCAAGAAAAGAUGUCUGCACCAGAGGAAGUUUUCACAUUUAAUGAACCAUGUUACGGUUGUGGUGUUUCAGGUAACUUGAAGAUGAUGCCGUUGGUUGUUCCAUUCUUUAAAGAUAUUAUUUUAAUGUCAUUCACUUGUGACAAGUGUGGUUACAAGACUACUGAAGUUAGAGCUGGUGGUCAAAUAUCUCCAUACGCCACUAAAUUAACUCUUCGUGUCACUAACCCAGAAGAUUUGAGUAGAGAUGUUUUGAAGAGUGAAACUGCUUCAUUGGAAAUUCCAGAACUCGACCUCCAGGUUGCUACUGGUUCUCUUGGUGGUAAAUUUACAACUGUUGAAGGUUUAUUAAUGAAUAUUAAGGACAAGCUGACCGAAGUCAACCAAUUUAGAGUUGGUGACUCAGCUGAGGAAAAGGAAUCAUUCCAAAAAUUCUUGACUGGUAUUGAUGAAAUGCAAACUGGUGGUCGUAUGCCUUGGACUUUGAUUAUUGAUGAUCCAGUGUCAAACAGUUAUAUUCAAAACUUGUUUGCUCCAGAUGUUGAUCCAUUCCUUACUGUUGAACAAUAUGAGAGAACUUUCGAACAAAAUGAAGAUCUUGGUUUGAAUGAUAUUAAGACUGAAGAAUAUUAAAUAAAUAAUUUAUUAGUC